AUGGCCAAAAUUUUGCCAUCACUUCUCCACAAUCUCCUCCCUAUCUCGGAAGCGAAGGUUCGGUCAAUCCUCUCCAGAGAUUUUCAUUUCAUCCUGGAAGAGAAGGUUCAGACCAUGGUGCAAAAUUUAGAGAUUGAAAGACUUCCCAAAAUCAGAGCUAUCAAACAAACAGCUGAGAUACGUUCUGGAGUGCAUAACCUGUCGUUGAGGAUUAUCCUGAGGUUUAUCGAUAAUGUUAUCUGCGAAGCUGAGGAUGUUCUUGAUGAGUACAAGUACAGACGUCUGGAACAACUAGUGCUUCGCAAACAACAUGCAUACAUGCGCUCCUUUUACUCUUACUGCAGUUCUCAUGUUCAAUACGUGUCAAAGAUGGAAGAAGUUGUCAAGCAGUUGGAGCAGAUCUUUUACACCGCAGAUAAUUGUAUCUCACGGCUCAGCGCCGAUGAUAUUGGUGAAGACAGUUCCAAUGCUGAUGCUCGUGUUAUCACGACCUCUUAUUUAUAUGAGGAAGUAUUUGGCAGAGAUAAAGAGAUAGAACAUGUAACAAAGCUUCUAAUUACGCAUCCAAUGCCGGCUAGUAAUCAAAGACCAAUCAGUGAUGCUGAUGAGGAUGAGCAGAAUUAUGAAAUCCUUCCUAUUAUUGGGGUCGAAGGAGUUGGCAAGACUGUUCUCGCCAAAUCUGUGUAUCAUCGCUCAGAAAUCAGUCAGCAUUUUGAUCUGAGGUUGUGGGUUCAUGUACCUGAGGAUUUCGAUGAGGUCAGUAUAACCACUGGCAUGAUACAAUUAGCUUCUAAGCAAGCCCGCCCUGACACCAAUAACUUGGUCGAGCUCCAAAAACUACUCAGCGAACAUAUUAGAAAGAAAAAGUUUUUGAUUGUUUUGGAUGAUGUCUGGUAUGAUGAGAAAUCCACAGAACUUGCUAACAAAGUUAGAUGGAUGAGGGUCCUUGCCCCUCUGAGACAUGGCCAGCUCGGAAGCAGGAUUUUAGUCACAAGCCCCAUGAAAUUGGUGACCAAGAUGUUUACAUGCACCAUGGAUCCUGUUGUUCUCCGGGGUUUGGAAGAUGAAGCCUGUUUUGCACUCUUCAACAGACUUGUGUUUGGUGUUGCUGAUAUCCAAACACCAGAUGAUCGUGAUCUGAUUCUGGAGAUAGGCAAAAAAAUUGUAGCUGAGAAGAUAAUUGCCAGAUGCAGUGGGCUACCCUUGGCUGUCUUUGCGGUGGCAGGGAUGCUAAGCCAAAUGCUUGAAGCUGAAGAAUGGAAGGAGAUUUUGUGGAGCGACAACUCAUUCGAAGAUGUCAUAAGGAUCCAGUUGGUAUCUUUUCAACGUCUGCCCCAACAUCUGCAACGGUGUGUCGCUCACCACAGCAUAUUUCCCAAAGGCAUGGCUCUGUCUCGGGAUUACUUGAUUCAUUCAUGGAUCGGAGAAGGUUUAAUAAUUGAUUUGGCUGAAGAAAAGAACGGAUUAACAGCGGAAGAUGUUGCCGGUGCCUAUUUGAAUGAGCUGGUGUCAAGGUCUUUCUUUCAAUGCAGAGAUGAUGGUUUAUUUGUACUGGAUGAUAUGAUGCAUGAUGUCGCAGACUUUGUUACGAAGGAUGUAUGCACUCGAAUUGAGCAUGACACAAUAAGAGAAAUUCCAUCCACUAUUAGGCAUCUUCGAAUUGACAUGGACAUACUUAUGGAGUACAGGAAUAAUAUUUGCAGACUGAAAAACCUGCGAACUCUUGUUGUCACAUGCAAGUCAUCAGGCAUUGGAAACAGUUACCUUCUCGGCAAGAUAUUGAAGAAGACGAAGAGGUUACGGGUACUGCGUUUGGCAGCAUGUCACAUUGAUCGACUACCUGGAUCGAUCGGUGAACUGCAACACUUAAGGCUGCUGGACCUUUCCGACUUGCAAGUGAAAAGGUUACCUCGAUCGGUCUGUAGACUAUAUCACCUGCUGUACUUGGAUCUGAUGAAUUUCAAAGCCGAUAUUAUGCCUGGCAGUCUCAGCAAGCUGAUCAACUUGAGACGAAUAAUGUCGGAUGCUGCAACACUUGACAGGUUUGGUAAAAUGGGUGAACUGACCGCGCUCCAGCAGUUGCCUGCAUUCAGCGUCACAAAGACAAAAGGACACAAGAUUGGAGAGUUGAAGAAAUUGAACAAGCUUGGUGGUGAGCUUCGCAUUAGCAAUCUUGAAAAUGUGCACAGGAGCAAAAUGGCCGCCGGUGCAAAUUUGAAGAAGAAGGCAUCCCUCUAUAAACUGUGUCUUGAAUGGAACAGCUAUUGUAGUGCUAUUACUAGUGAUCCGGCGGAGAAUGUGCUUGAUGAACUCCAACCACCUCAUCAGAUCAAUGACCUUGAGAUCUGCCAUUAUGCAGGUGAGAGGCCUCCAAUUUGGAUGCAACUUUCACGGCAUUCUCUUCCAUGCCUGCAAGUUCUUAUCCUCAACCAGUGGGCGUGUACCCUACCACUAAUCGGGCAGUGCAUUCCGCAACUCCGUCAGCUUGAGCUUAGGGAUUGUUUUAAACUCCGCUACCUCCCUCCCCUCCCAUUAAAUCUGGAGAAACUUUUGCUAUCAGGCUGUUGUUUAUUGGCUAUCUUAACUGAGGCAGACCUUGUAAAGGGCUAUGCACAAGAAAUGAUGGCUGGCUUUGACAGGGGACCAUCACCAUUGACUGAGGAAGAAGUCAGAAUCACAGAAUCUCUUAAGAACAAUGACAGGGCAAUGGCAGAACUUACAAGAGUAAAGCAGUCCUUGGAAGCCAGGGGUUUUACUCUAGAACCAUCAUCAUCAUCAUCAUCAACACUCGUGGCAAGUCUCCAGUCCUGGAGUUUAUCAAGGAAACAUGAUGCCAUCCUUGAGAAGCUGACAUCCAAAACGCAGUACUCCAUUGAUGGAAAGACUCAACCACUGCCUUCAAGUCUCCAGCAGCUCCAUCUUGGCAACUGCUUUGUGGAUGAUAGCGAGCUGCUCAAUUGCAUUAGGAAGUUGAUGUUGCUCACUCACCUUGUUCUUGCUGGUUGCUACUGCAUAACAACACUUCCCUCGGGAGAGUUACUAAGCCAACUCACACGGCUUCAGGAGCUUCGAAUUGAGAACUGUGUGAUGCUCACAUCACUCGGGGAUCUGAGGGUACUCCCAUCACUCAAAGUGUUUAACAUCUGCUCAUGCCCCAACUUGUUGGCAUUGAUCCCGUCUUCUGAAGAUGAAGAUGGAGACGAAGGCAGCAGUAGCGUUGCUAGUGCACUCCUACCAAAGUCUCUUAUUGAUCUAGCCAUCACAGAUUGUGAGCUCAUGACCAAGCACAGGAUCAGUAGGUGCCUGAGAGGUCUCACCAGGCUCAAACAUUUGUCAUUGCAGAAGCUCAAGCAUAUGACUUCCUUCCCAUCAGCUGAUGAGCUGGCACACUUGACUUCCAUUGAAAGUUUGACACUAAAAGAUUGUGAGGAGCUGACUUCAUUGGGUGGGUUGCAUAUGCUCUGUUCCCUAACUUCGCUACAUGUUCAACAAUGCCCGGGCCUCCUAGAAUCAGAUACUGGCAAUGCUUCACUAUGUGUUCCUAAGAUUGUGAGGAGCUGA